AUGGAAACUCAAGAACUAAGUGUCAAUCACCUUCUUAAACUUAAAGCGGCUAAAAACUUUUACGAGAAUUCGCAGCCCAUUACUUCUGCUGAUUUUGAUGAUUCUGGCGAAUUCUGUGUGACUGCUUCGUUAGACGAUUCCAUUAACCUUUACAACUGCCUUCAAGGAAGAGUAGUUUCAUUGGAAAAGUCACCUUCCAACGAUUUAUUCAUAUCGGGCAGUAUAAAUGAAGGAAUAAGAUUAUGGGAUUUAAGACAACCUAGUGACAUUGGAUUUGUUAACGUUCAAGCAGGAAGACCAUGUGUCGCAUUUGAUCCUACUGGAGUUGUAUUUUCAGUUGGAUUUCAGGGUCUUGAUAAUUCGAUAAGAUUGUACGAUGUGAGACAGUAUGACAAGGAACCUUUUGCCACAUUCAAGAUUAUAGAUAAUUAUAUGACUCCAAGUGUUCAUCCAAGAAUUCCCGUACUUCCAGAAUGGACGAGUAUUAAAUUUAGUAAUGAUGGUGAAAAAAUAUUAAUUACUACUUCCGGAGAUGUUCAUUAUGUAGUUGAUGCAUAUGAUGGAGAAUUAAAGCGUAGAUUAGUUGGACAUGUUGGGUCAAACAAUGCAUCUUCUUUUCUGGGAGGAGAGGAAACAGAUUUUACACCUGAUGGUCGAUACGUGAUUGCUGGAUCUCAAGAUGGACAAAUUAACUUUUGGGAUACAUCAACGCCUUUAAGUAUGUCUACCAUGUUUUUAGAUGGGAUUGAUACAAGACCCAUACAUACGUUAGAACACCAUGUUAGACCUACACAAGUGGUAAAAUUUAAUCCCACUAGAAUAAUGAUGAUUAGCGCGUGCUCAGAUUUGGCAUUUUGGUUACCUGCUCUUGAUAACGAAGAAUCGGAAAAUAAUUCAGAUCAAGAAACGUAUAUUGACAAUUCUAGUCAAAUAAAUAAAGUGCUUAACGCAACAAUCACUUAUGCAAGUUCUUCUUCGAAUGAACAUUAUAAGCAAGAUGAGGUGAUUUCAUCUGCACCUUCAAUUAGAGAAGUGGAUGAAACGUCGACGAUUGCCUCGGUUACUUUGGACCUCACUGGUGAUUUAAUCAAAAAAGAGGAGACACCGACAUUAACCCCUCAUCAUAUGAUCAUAGAAGAUAAUUCUUUAUCGAGUUUAAAUGCAAAUAAUUCGAACGAUUCAAAUGAUUCAAGUGAUUCGAAUAAUUUGAAUAAUGCGAGUGACAAAGUAAAUAAUGCAAAUGAUAUAAAUGACAACAACAAUGAAAAUGACAAUGCGAAUGAUAAUGCGAAUGACAAUGCGAAUGACAAUGUGAAUGACAAUGCGAAUGACAAUGCGAAUGACAAUAUGAACGAUACGAACAACGAAACGAAUGACAAUACGAAUGACAAUGGAAAUAAUAUAAAUGAUGCAAAUAAUGUAAAUAAUAUAAAUGAUACAGGUGAAGUGCAAGAGGAUGUUAAUUCAGAAAAUAAAAAGGAAAUAAUAACUGUUUUAAUUAGGGAUAUGUAG